UUCGCUGGUAAGGACGACUUCGAAGCAGCACUCAUUGACUCAUUGGGUGAUCAGUACAGUGACUACCGUGCUGAAAUGAAGACUUACUACUACGCAGCUCAUGGUUUUAUGCCUGGAGAUCCAGAAAAGUUGAAAACUGAAGUUUUAUUCCCAGCUCGCGACAAGUUCCUCAAUUUUAUCACGAAGUUCCUCAAGAACAACGCCUCUAACGGCUAUCUAAUAGGAGAUAAAAUUUCGUGGGUGGAUGUGCUUAUCGCAGAGCACAUGGCCGAUAUGAGCAGAACUGUUCCUGGAUUUCUUGACCAGUUCCCAGAGUCAAAGCUACUUGCAGUGAAGCCAAUUUUCAGAAUGGUCCACUACAGACUGAAAUACUUUGACGGCCGUGGCCUUGCCGAAAUCAUUCGUCAGAUAUUUGCCGUUGCUGGGCAGGAUUUCGAAGAUGUGCGAUACAGUUUUGAGGAAUUCCCGAAGCACAAAGCAGAACUACCAUUUGGUCAGAUGCCAGUACUUGAAUUUGAUGGAAAACAACUCGCCCAGUCAAGCGCCAUCGCUCGCUACUUGGCUAGGCAAUUCGGUCUCGCCGGCAAGAAUGCCUUCGAAGAAGCGCUCGUAGAUUCGAUCGCUGACCAACUCAAGGAUUACUUUAGGGAGCUUCGUCCAUUCUACAGGGCUUUGCAUGGGUUCGAUAAGGGCGAUCUGGAUGCUCUGUUCAGAGAUCUUUUUAUGCCAACCCACAGGAACUUCUUUACUCUCAUGACAAAGUUUCUCGUUAACAAUAAGUCGGGAUAUCUCGUUGGCGAUUCCUUGACAUGGGCUGAUCUUUGGGUAGCCGAUAUAGCCACAUGGACUAAGAAGUAUCCAUCUCUCUACGAUGGCUUCCCAGAGAUGAAAGCACAUGCUGAGAAGAUUCGUUCGAUCCCUGCUGUGCAAAAAUGGCUGGAAGAAAACAAAUUUUUUAGAAUGGUUAAAUACAGACUAGAAUACUUUGACGGUCGUGGUCGUGCCGAGAUCAUUCGUCAGAUAUUCGCCGUCGCUGGACAGAGCUUCGAUGAUGUGCGGUACAGUUUUGAGGAAUUUGCAAAGCACAAAGCAGAUCUACCUUUUGGUCAGUUGCCAGUACUUGAGGUUGAUGGAAAACAACUCGCCCAGUCAUGUGCCAUCGCUCGCUAUUUGGCUAGACAAUUCGGUCUUGCUGGCAAGAAUGCUUUCGAUGAAGCGGUCGUGGAUUCGAUCGUUGACCAGUUUAAGGACUACUUUAGCGAAAUUCGUCCAUUCUUCAUGGUUUUGCAUGGAUUUGAAAAGGGCGAUCUGGAUGCUGCGUACAGAGAUGUUUUCUUGCCAAGCAAUAAGGCCUUCUUCACUCUUAUGACAAGGAUCCUCAUGAACACCAAGUCAGGAUUCCUAGUUGGUGACUCCUUGACUUGGGCUGAUCUCUUAGUAGCGGAAAUAGCCACAUGGGCAAAAAAGUAUCCGUCUCUCUAUGAUGGCUUCCCUGAGAUGAAGGCGCAUGCUGAGAAGAUUCGUUCAAUCCCUGCUGUGAAAAAGUGGCUUGCUAUUCGUCCAGAUACUUAUUUCUGA